AUGGAAGGACUUAGAAAGAGAUAAAAAUAAGCUCAUAUCAAUCCAGAGGAGCAAUUGAAAGCAGCUUUGAAAUAAGAAACAAAAAUAGAGAAAGCUGAAGUUAGAAUAAAGUUCUAAGAUGUCGAAGGAAAUCAAUUAGCAGAAGAAAUUAUGAUUGAUUCUACUGCCUCUAAAAUGGACCUGAACAAGCUGAUAGAUUAGAUAAUUGGAGCAGAAGAGAAAUAGAUUUAUCAGUUUUACUUAGAUGACAAGGAAGUAAGAACUUCUAUUAAAGAAGCCUUAGAUAAAGCGAUGAAGACUAAUAAGAAUAUAAAAUCUGAGACAAUUAUUCCUUUGACAUAUAAACCAGAAGCAAUGUUUAGAAUCAGACCAAUUACCAGAGCAUCCUCUACUUUAGAGGGUCAUAGUGAAGCUAUUUUGAGCGUUGCAUUUUCUCCAGAUGGCAAGAGUUUGGCCUCUGGAUCAGGAGAUACUACAGUUAGAAUUUGGGAUCUAUUGACAGAGACUCCUCUUGAGACUUGCGUUGGCCACAAGCAUUGGGUAUUAUUUGUUUCAUAUUCUCCUGAUUGUAAGAAAAUUGCAUCAGGUGGAAUGGAUCAUGCUAUAUUUGUAUGGAAUGCUGAAGAUGGUAAAUAGAUUGGAAAGCCACUUAAAGGACAUAAGAACUUUGUAACAAGCAUUUCAUGGUAACCUAUGAUUUCAUCUUAUGAAAGCAGACAUAUGGCAAGUAGCUCAAAGGAUUAGAGUGUGAGAGUAUGGGAUACUAAUAAUUCAACUUGUUUAAAAAUAUUUACAAGCCAUACUGCAUCAGUAACAAAAGUGCUAUGGGGUGGAGAGGGACUCAUUUAUUCUGCUUCAUAAGAUAGAACUAUCAAGGUUUGGGAUUUUGAUAGUGGAUCAAUGACCCAAGAAUUGAAAGGACAUGCUCAUUGGGUUAAUACUUUAGCAUUAAGUACUGACUAUGUUUUGAGAACAGGCUGCUAUGAUCACACCUAAAAAGAAUUUGAAGACAGUAAAUAAAUGCAAAAAUAUGCUAUUGAGAGAUAUGAGAAAAUUAAGGAUCCUCAAGGAGAAAGACUUGUUAGUGGUUCAGAUGAUUUGACAAUGUACAUGUGGUAGCCGAAGCAAGGAAAUAAACAUAUGGCGAGAUUAAGUGGUCACUAAGGUCUGAUAAAUAUGGUUACCUUUUCACCAGAUGGAUUCUAUUUAGCUUCAGCUUCUUUUGAUAAAUCAAUUAAGCUUUGGGAUGGGAGAUCUGGAAAGUUCCUAACUUCUUUCAGAGGCCAUGUUUAAUCAGUGUAUCAAAUUGCCUGGUCGGCUGAUUCAAGACUUAUCGUGAGUGGUAGUAAGGAUAGUACUCUUAAAGUUUGGGAUAUCGAGAAGAGAAAACUUAUGUUUGACUUACCAGGCCAUGCAGAUGAGAUCUAUGCUGUAGACUGGAGUCCAGAUGGAGAAAAAGUUGCUUCAGGAAGUAAAGAUAGAAUGCUAAGAAUCUGGAGGAAUUGA